CAUGUCCCGUCAGGCACCGCGGCGCGUGUUGUGUGCACCAAUCAUUCGUGCUCGGCAGAGAACAGGCUGCCGUCGGUUGUGACAGAGGACGAACUGGAAGAGCAAGCAUGUCUACAGAUUACGUAGGAUAUGGUUAUGCAGCCCUCAUCGCAUCCGGGGGAGCCAUCGGUUAUUUUAAAGCAGGCAGUACCCCCUCCCUGGCUGCGGGCCUUCUCUUCGGGGGCCUCGCAGGUUUUGGCGCCUACCAGAUCUCCAAUGACCCCAAAAACAUUUGGGUGUCCCUCGCCACAUCGGGAGCUCUGACCGCCGUCAUGGGAAAGAGGUUCUAUGGAUCCAGGAAGCUCAUGCCAGCCGGCCUGAUGGCGGGGGCAAGUCUUCUGAUGGUGGGAAAGCUCGCUUUGACAUUGCUCCAGAAACCGCAGGAGUCCUGAUGGAGUCGAGAUUCCGAUGUGUACCCCGUCUUCUGAUUUGGGAGGUUCCUGUCAGCAUUUGUCAUUUACUACCAAUGUCAUUUUGUAAAGGAUCAAAUAUAGUACCUUGUCUAUAUAAUAGGAA